AUGUCCAUCCAGAAUCUUAACACAUUCGACCCGUUUGCUGAUGCAAUCAAGGGUGCAGACGAUGACGUACAAGAUGGUCUUGUGCAUAUAAGAAUUCAGCAACGAAACGGUCGGAAGACUCUAACGACCGUACAAGGUCUAUCAGCAGAGUACGACCUGAAGAAAAUUGUACGAGCAUGUAAAAAGGAGUUUGCCUGUAAUGGCACUGUGAUUGAACAUCCCGAGUACGGCGAAGUCCUUCAGCUUCAAGGCGACCAACGAGAAAAUAUUUGCCAGUGGCUGACAAAGUCUGGUUUGGCGAAGCCCGAACAACUCAAAGUGCACGGCUUUUAA